AGCUUUCCCAACCCGUUCCUCCGUGCUCGGGGCCUUAGCGGCACCACAACUCCAGCUGGCGUGGGCUGGAAUGACGACCUCAUACUCGAAGUCCUAGGCGACGAUGGCCAGCCAAAAUACCCUCACGUCACCAUGACGAUGCUUCAUAAUUACAACGGGCAUGAGAAUUCAAUGCUCUACGGGGAACUGGCACCGCUCAUCUCCGCAAUGCGCAGCAGGGCAAACCAGCCACUGGUGACCGAUGAAGAGGAAAUGGAGAAGCUCUAUGAUGAGAAACGGGACGUGUUCCCGGAAAAGCAACGUGUCUUUCCCAUGGAGAAGAGAUUCCCAGUCCUGAUGCUGUCGUUCCUGGGGCCCCAGCAUGCAAGGAUCUUUUAUGCUUGUCUUGACGGGAAGAAUUUGAUAAUCCGCCAGUCAAAGCUGUACAGCUUUGAAUCCAAGGCCGACGCCCCCGUCGAGCUGUUCGCUCGUUUUCUGCUCAGCACGCCCCGGGAUGAGAGGGUGAGGGGAUAG